CAGACCCCAUUUCCUCUCUGCUCUGGCGGUGGUGGAGCCUGCUGGCCUCGGAGACCCCGGCGCCGGCCCCCGCGAGCCUCGCGCGCCAGGCCAGCGCUGCGCCCGGCCCCGGCGGCGGCAUGGGCGGCGCCCGGAAUGCGGUGUGGGUGGCGGCGGGCCUAGUGCUCGGGGCGGGAGCCUGCUACUGCAUUUACAGGCUUGUGCGAGGCCAGCGGCGAGGCGGCCGCGAGCUCGGGCGGCGCCCCUCGCGGUCCGCAGAAGACUUAACCGAUGGUUCAUAUGAUGAUGUCCUAAAUGCUGAACAACUUGAGAAACUCCUUUACCUGCUUGAGUCAACUGAGGAUCCUGUAAUUAUCGAGAGAGCUUUGGUCACUCUGGGCAACAAUGCGGCCUUCUCAGCUAACCAAGUCAUUAUUCGUGACUUGGGUGGCAUUCCCAUCAUUGGAAGCAAAAUCAACAGUCCCAACCACAGUAUUAAAGAGAAAGCUUUAAAUGCGCUGAAUAACCUGAGUGUGAAUGUUGAAAAUCAAGUCAAGGUAAAAGUGUACAUCAAUCAAGUCUGUGAGGAUGUCUUCUCUGGUCUGUUGGACUCCGCUGUGCAGCUGGCUGGACUGAGAUUGUUAACAAACAUGACUGUCACCAAUGACCACCAGCACAUGCUUAGCAGUUACAUCACAGACCUGUUCCAUGUGUUGCUUACAGGAAAUGGAAGCACCAAGGUUCAAGUUUUGAAACUGCUCUUGAAUUUGUCUGAAAAUCCAGCCAUGGCAGAAAGACUACUUGGUGCCCAAGUGGAUUCAUCAUUCCUUUCACUUUAUGACAGCCACGUGGCAAAGGAGAUUCUUGUUCGAGUUCUCAUACUAUUUCAGAAUAUAAAUAACUGCCUCAAAAAGGAAGGCUGUUUGGCUGCUCAGCCUGACUUCACUAAAGGUUCACUGUUUUACCUGUUAUAUGGAGAAGACUGUGCCCAGAAAAUGAGAGCCUUGGUUCAUCACCAUGAUGUGGAUGUGAGGGAAAAGGUAACAAUACCAAAAUUCUAACCGGUUGGUUGGUCAUAUUUUAUCAGAGUCAUGCAGACUGGAAGUAAUGCACAUCAGCUUACUUUUUCAUCUUCCUUACAAAGGGAUUUUUCAGCUGCUGAAUUAAAUACUAAAUAACAUGUUCCAUCAUUAACACAGCUAUAAUUUGCCUUGGUCUUCUGGUUUAUUUUGGAUUGUUUUAUUGAGACCAAACUAACAUAAGAACUUGUUCUGAAACCUUUUUUUUCUGCUGUUUGCUGAGAUACUUCAGUCAUUUCCCUGUUUGAGGUAACCGACCUUUUUAUGUGAUUUGAAAUGAUUGCAGUUACUUGUCUGAGGCAGCAUGAGUGUGGGAUGAAUUUGUUGUUUCAGAACUACCGUCAGAAGGACUUAGUCCGUUUAGCAGGGAUGAGAUCCUGAGCUCUCGAGGCCACCUGCCAGCCUGGCAUGCCGCUUUCAGGUCUUUCCUAAUCAUAUUAUUCUCAUCAAGGACAGCUGUAAACGUUUAGAAGAAAUGUUUCCUAGUACUCAUUCACUGCCAUUUGCUGUGCCAUUAAGUGCAGACACUAUGUAUGAAAUACUGGGAUCAGUCAAAAUGCCCAUCCAUAGGCAACCGGUAAAGUCAGUCACCUGCUCUUAGAAGAACAAACAGGUGAAUGUGCCGACCAGACUCCUGGAAGUGGGGCUGAAAGUGAGAAAAUGACUUUUCUGCAUAUACCUUCUUCCACUGUUUGAUUUUUUUACCAUGAGCAUAACCUUUAUAACUUUUUUAAAUAAAAAGGAGAAAACUCACAA